UCAUUGUUCUUUGUGCUAUUUCGUGUGUCGGGUAUGCGAUCUUCUGCAAUUUCAGUGUCGAUCAAUGUUAUUUGUGUCUGGUUUUUGAACACAAACAUGUUUUUUUUAUGGUGCAUUUUCGAAGCAGGGGUGUCUUGAAGUUUUUUAAUUGUACGAUAGCUUGUUAUUCACGAGAUCUUGAAGCUAUGAUAUGCCAUUUUGUGUUUGAUUUCAAGUUGCUUUGUGGGUAAUUGAAGUGAUGUUUGUAAAUCCGUAUGAAGGGAAAUGCAGAUUCUUCUCUAGGCAAGAACAUCUAUGUUUGGCUUAGUUAAAGCAUGCAAUGAAGUGCAUAUAUGAAUUCAUUUGAAAUAGAAUAAGUUUCGAUAGCUAUCUACUUGAUUGAAUGAUCUUGUUGUUUUGUGAUGAACACUGUUAAGUUUAAAGUUAUCUGUGUGUUGGGGGGAUGAGCAAACUUGGAGGGCAGUUCCCUUUUAAUUUGUGAACAGGAAUGUUUUACUUGCCUCCAAAUGUUUAUGGAGGUUUCCUCUGGAAGAGACGGUGGUUUAAAAUCAGCCCGAUCGAAGUGGUAUUGCUCUUGCGGCUGGAUCUUGGGUCGACGUAAUCUUGCCACUUCAAGAAGCCCUUGGAGAUUGAGCGACUAACUAUGAUGAUACAAAAGAGCAAGCAUCUAGUGGUGUUUACGGGUGCAGGAAUAUCGACCUCUUGUGGCAUACCUGAUUUUCGAGGUCCUAAAGGAAUAUGGACUCUUCAGCGUGAAGGUAAAGCCUUACCAGAAGCAUCACUACCGUUUCAUCGCGCAGUGCCGAGCAUGACUCAUAUGGCUUUGGUUGAGUUAGAGAAGGCUGGUAUAUUGAAGUUCAUCAUUAGUCAGAAUAUUGAUGGCCUCCAUCUUCGAUCUGGCAUACCAAGAGAGAAACUUGCUGAAUUACACGGGAACUCGUUCAUGGAAACGUGCCCUUCAUGUGGAGCUGAGUAUUUGAGGGAUUUUGAAGUAGAAACUAUCGGAUUGAAAGAUACUUCUCGGAGAUGUUCGGAUGCCAAUUGUGGAGCUAAACUAAGGGAUACAGUUCUCGACUGGGAGGAUGCAUUGCCUCCAAAGGAGAUGAAUCCAGCUGAGAGACACUGCAAGAUGGCUGAUAUUGUAUUGUGUCUAGGGACAAGUUUGCAGAUCACUCCAGCAUGCAACCUUCCUCUGAAAGCACUUCGUGGCGGGGGAAAAAUUGUCAUCGUUAAUCUUCAGAAAACGCCGAAGGACAAGAAAGCAAGUUUGGUUAUCCAUGGUCGUGUCGAUAAGGUCAUUUCGGGCGUAAUGGAGAACCUAAAGAUGCAAAUUCCCCCGUUUGUUCGAAUUGAUCUUUUCCAGAUUAUACUUUCUCAAGCCUUGAGUCUUGACAAGAAAUUUGUUAACUGGACACUUCGAAUAUUAAGUGUGCAUGGACAGAAAGCUACAUUGCCAUUCAUCAAAUCUGUUGAGGUUUCGUUCUUGGAUAAUCAAGAUUUCAAAUCAGCCACUUUAGAGAGCCAACCGUUUCUCCUUAAAAGAAGAACAGUAAAGGAAAAAUCAUUUGAAUUGGUUUUGAGGCUCAACUUCAGCGAAGGGUGUGGUAGCUCGCAUGUUGAAGUUAAUAUCCCUGUUGAUUUUAAGGUCUCUGCAGAUUCUUUGAAUCUCGAUAAGGAGGUCGUUUUUCGGAGACUAAGAGACGAGGCAGUUCAAGACUUCUUCUGUGGAAAAAAUGCAGUUAUCGAGCGAAAAUCCAUCCCGUUCCCGAAGAGCGAGGUCACGGUAUAUGCCACCGUAACCAACGUUAUUAGGUACACCCAAGACUUGAAAACGUUAGCAAUAGAUUCACUUAGUAACGGCGAUAUGAAACGACAACUAGCAAGUGUAAAUGGUUCUGCAAUAUCUAGGAAGCGGUCGAGACGACCAAAGCGAAAAUCUAGAUAUUAGCAUGAACGCUGUACAUAUUUCGUCGUUUGAUGAAUCGCUGAAAAAGAAAAUGAUAUCACAUCGGGAUUGGGUGGAUUUUGUUAGAUAUGACACUCGGGUCUCGGGACGUGACAUAGUUAGAACUGUUAUUGAUAGGAAUCAACUAACCGUUCUAAGUUGAAAAGACUUUGGAAGCCAUAUUAUGGUAUAUAGGUCAUGUGUGAAGUAUAUUGGUGGCUGCUGGUAAAUCGUGUUCAUAGCUUUGGGAUUAUUAGUACCCCGAGCUAGUACGUUUUGGGGCUCGGUUGGAUACUCGAUGAUUUCGGAUACUAAUUCGUGCAGUUAUUUGGAUUCGUGUAGUUACUAGCAAAUGCUUAUCGUUACUUGAUACUAGAAAUUGAUAUGAAACUUUGAAACGUUAGUAGGCUCGUUGUGGAGA